AUGAAGAAUAAUCACAACACAUCAUCAUAUGGUUGUAUCAAAAUGUGGGGUUCAUUUUUUUCUGGUGGAAAAGAUCCAUUAAAAGAUCUCGGAUAUGAGAUACUUCCUGAGAGUCAACAAACAACAAAUAAUCCACGUUCAAUUUGGACAAUAUUAAAUGGAAAGAAAAAAACAACAGGAGAUUUAGUAACAAUAUUUUCUUGUCAAAAUGAUGCUCAUAUUCAAUUAGCAAAAGCAGCAUUGAAGCGUAUGAAAACAUUAAGACAUCCUAAUAUUCUUAUUUAUCUUGAUAGUGUUGAAACAGAUAAAUCUGUUUAUGUUGUAACAGAAAAAGCAGUAACACUUGAAACAUAUUUAAAUGAAUUAAAAUCAAAUAAUAAUGUAACAGAUUUUAAUAGUGAACAUUUACUUGAAAUAGCCUGGGGUUUACAACAAUUAUGUCGUGUUUUAAUAUUUCUUCAUGACGAUUGUAAAUUAUCACAUGGAAAUAUUAAUACAGAUACAAUAUUUGUUGAUGCUAAAUCAUGUGAUUGGAAAUUAGGAUGUUUAGAAUUUGUACAAUCAAUUAAUGAAGCUCAAAUUAAUCUUCCAUCGAGAUUUUUACCUGCUUGUCAACGUUAUGAACCACCAUCGAAGAAAGGUGGAGAUAGUCAAAAAGCACGUGAUAUUUGGCUUGUUGGAACAUUGAUAUGGGAAAUAUUUAAUGGUAAUGGUGCUACAUCAGCUACAUCCUAUCGUCAGUUAGGUUCAAUACCCCGUCCAUUGUCAGCUGCUUAUGGUGAAUUAAUAAAUCCAAAUCCAUCACUUCGUUCGUCUCUGGAUAAAUUACUUCAAUCUCCAUUUAUUCAAAAUAAUUCUUUGGUUGAAUGUCUUCUCUUUCUUGAACAAAUUCAAUUAAAAGAUCCCGGCGAAAAACAAACAUUUUUUACUUCAUUAUCCGACAAAGUAGAUCAAUUUCCUUCACAUAUUAAUGAACGUAAAUUAUUACCACUAUUAUUUAAUGCAUAUGAAUUUGGUUCAUCGGGUUCAGCUGUUCUACCAACUUUAUUUAAAUUGGGCAAACGACUUUCUGAUAAUGAUUAUAAAAAACGUAUUGUUCCUAUUAUAACUAAAUUAUUUGCUUCAACUGAUCGUAUGACACGUUUUCGUCUUUUACAACAAUUAGAUAGUUAUGUUGAACAUCUAACACCAGCUGUUGUUAAUGAUGAUAUAUUUACAAAUAUUUGUACCGGUUUUACUGAUCAAGAACCAGCUAUUCGAGAAGCGACUGUUAAAGCAAUGUUAUAUUUAACACCAAAAUUAAAUUAUAAAAAUUUAAAUAUAGAAUUAAUGAAACAUUUUUCACGUUUACAAACAAGUGAUGAUCAAGGUGUUAUACGAACAAAUACAAUUGUAUGUCUUGGAAAAAUAGCUGCACAUCUUAAUCCAAGUAUACGUGGUCGUCUUCUUAUAUCUGCAUUUGGUCGUGGUACACAAGAUCCAUUUGGACCAUCUCGACAAGCAUCUCUUUAUGCUCUUAAUCAUUCCGAACGAUUUUUUACAUUAAAAGAUAUAGCAACAAAAAUUUUACCAAUUGCUUGUCAUGCCACAAUUGAUCCUGAACUUGAUGUUCGACAACAAGCAUUCAAAACAAUACAAAUAUUUGUUAAAAAAUUAGAAACUGUUUCAGAAAAACCCGAAUUAGCUAUUGAAAUGGAAAAAGACGUUAGUUCAAGUAAUGUUGGCGGAAUAGCAGCAAAUGAAACAUCAUGGACAUCAUGGGCUUUAACAUCACUUUCGAGUAAUAUUGGUAAAUUAACAACAAAACCACAACAACCAUCAGUUAAUUUAACAUUAGCAAAAAGUGAUUCACAAAAUGCUUUAGCAAAUUCUUCAACAACUACAACAACAACAACAACAACAACAACAGCGAAAGCAGAGACAAGUAAUAAUGGACAACCACCUAUUACAACCAAAACAACAACGAAAUUACAAAUUAAAGUAGAAAAAGAAGAACAGGAUCGACAAUCGUCAGCAUUAGCUUCAUAUUUUAAUAAAAUAAAUGAUAAUGACGAAGAAGAUAAAACACCAUGGGAUGAUAUAAAAUCAAAUGAUUGGGGUGAUUCAUUAGAAACUGAAGAUGAUAAAUGGGACGAUUUUUCUGCUACUACACUAUCAUCUCAACCAGCAAAAGCAACAACAACAACAACAACGACAACAACCAAAUCUUCUAGUGUAUCAAAUCCAUCUUCAUGGGCACAAGAUAAACCAUCUUCAACAAGUCAAAAAAAGAAUGAUUGGGAUAGUGAUGCAUUUUUUGAUGACGUUCUUACAAGUGCAACGAAACCAAAACCGAAAACAUCUCGACAUUAA